CUGCAGGGUGCGAAAAAUCAAGUGCAACGGCCCCGUAUCACAGCCUGCAGGUAGCGCUGGAGUCUCUUACAUGCCCUGCCCGGGCUGUUUACGAGAGGGCUUCCUGUGCGAGUGGCAAGACAGGGACCACUACUUCAGGGAGCGACACCGAAUAUCAGCCUCCGGUUCAGGCCGUUCGAAGCGCGAUCGACACGCAUCGUCCUCUCCGGCCGCUGCGGCAGGCUCGUCACACGGCGAGAGGUUGCAUGCCCGGAGACAUCGGCCAGUCGCCGGAGGGCUGGAAGCCAUUGCGGAAACACAGAAUCCUCAGGGUAACGGGCUGAUUGCUCCCUUACCCACGUGGGACUACGACUACUCUCGUCGAUGCUUCAAUUACUCGAGCGACAGCGAGAGCUCGCUAGGCUCCGCUAUCCCAUCUCCCUCUCCGAGUCACAGCGCCGAUUACAUAUCUGCUGUGGAGGACAUACAAGCAUCGUCGUUCAUGCCUAACAGCGACGCCCUUUCUGGCGAAGACAUCUUCGGACUUCCGCCGUCGCUCUCCCCUGGAUCCAUUAUGUCACCGAUGGGAACUGCCGCUACGGCCUCCUUCGACGCCACGCCAGCCCUCGCGGGCCUCGAUGAAUCUUUUGAUUUCUUGACGCCGCUCGACGGGGCAGUGCGGCUACCCGAUGCUAGCACCACGCCGUUGGAGGGCCUGUGGACCGACUUUGACUGGUCAACGCUCUCGUCGGCACCGAUUCCAUCCCAAGCCGGCGCUUUGCCUUUGAAUGACUCGUACUACUACGCGGCUGAUGCUGCCUGGUACAUGCCUCGACACGGCUUUCCCGGCUGCGCUUGAUACCAAGACCAUCCUACCAGCGCGUCUGUUGCUCCAACUUCAUCUCGAGUAACGCCGCUACACUGUAUUACACGUUCAGGCGCUCACGGACUUUCUUCGGUUUCAUACCAUGUUGCAUUGGGAAUGCGUUCCUUCAAUAUACAAUUU